UAAUGAUAUUUUCAACUACCAGGGGAGAAAACCAAAAUCUCAUCAAAAUCUCUUGGUGGGUUCCAUUACAAUUUGCCGAUUUGCAACGACCUCGAUCUUCUUGUCUCUCAAUACAUUUCUUUUCUUUUUUCCGUUCUUAUUUUUUCUCACUCAUUUUACUGUUCUCUCAGCUUAAAGAAAAAAAAGAAAAAAAAAACAAAAGAAAAUUAAAAGUAUUUUGUUGCAAAGUUUGAAAAUUGAAAGACUCGAUCCAUGGACCUGAACCUCGAUAUUUUAUUAAAAAUUAAUUUUUAUUUAAUUAUAAUAUUUUUCCACUAAUAAUUAUCGUCACCAAAGCCUCAUCGUUAGAAUCGUCUUUGAAGAAGGAAAAUAAAAAAAAAAAAAUCGAAAUUUGAGGCUUCAAAAAGGGAAAUCUCCUUUAACGACGUCGUUUGAAGGAGGUAGAGGGGUUGGGUUUCGAUUUAUUAAUGCAAUUCUUUUAUCAAGUUUUCAGAUUCAGUUCUGAUUUGAAUCGGCUGAAACCCUAGGUUAAAAACUACCCCUAUUACCACCUUUUCGGUUAAAGGCUUCUUGUUACCUCACAUACAUUUUGGUUCUUGGUCAGUUUACAUGGAAUUUUGGUUGGCUUUGGAUUGUGUUUAUUAGUUUUGUGCCAUACAACAUUUACUGGCCUUUAGGCUUCUAUUUGCUAUCUGGGGAUUUUGGGGUUUAAACUGUUUCUGCAUGCAAGGAAAAGGACUGCGUAAGGCUAUUAACUUGAUGAAGGCAGUGGACUUGUAUACCACUGUGUGUUAAAGAAGAGAAGAUGCUACCAAAUUGGAAGAAGCCCCGCAUAAGAUUGACUGUCCAAUCUUUUGUUGAAUUUUUGUUUUUGUUAAUCGGAACAUCUAGGAGUAAAGAGGGUGGUAAUGGUAUGCUAUAAAAAGAAACAAUGGAGCAUCCGUUGGAGAAGCGAUAUCCAGUCAAUGCAAAAGAUUAUAACUUAUAUGAAGAAAUUGGAGAAGGUGUCAGUGCCACUGUGUACAGGGCUUUAUGCAGUCCACUUAAUGAAAUUGUUGCUAUCAAGGUUCUUGAUUUGGAAAAGUGUAAUAAUGAUCUGGAUGGCAUCCGCAGAGAGGUGCAGACUAUGAGCUUGAUUGAUCACCCAAAUGUAUUACGGGCACAUUGCUCAUUCACUGCUGGUCACAACCUUUGGGUUGUGAUGCCAUACAUGUAUGGGGGAUCCUGCCUGCAUAUAAUGAAAUAUGCUUAUCCUGAAGGUUUUGAAGAGCCUGUCAUUGCCACUUUAUUGCGUGAAGUUCUUAAAGCUCUUGUUUAUCUUCAUACACAUGGGCACAUUCACAGAGAUGUGAAGGCUGGGAAUAUUUUAAUUGAUUCUAAUGGUGCUGUCAAGUUGGCAGACUAUGGAGUAUCAGCAUGCAUGUUUGAUACUGGAGACAGACAGCGUUCCAGAAAUACUUUUGUUGGGACUCCUUGCUGGAUGGCUCCAGAAGUUAUGCAGCAAUUGCACGGUUAUGACUUUAAAGCAGACAUCUGGUCUUUUGGAAUAACAGCUCUUGAACUUGCUCAUGGCCAUGCCCCAUUUUCCAAGCAUCCACCUAUGAAAGUUUUGCUGAUGACCUUGCAAAACGCUCCUCCUGGUCUGGACUAUGAAAGGGACAAGAGGUUUUCAAAGUCUUUCAAGGAUAUGGUGGCUACUUGCUUGGUGAAGGACCCAAAGAAACGUCCUACUUCGGAGAAGCUUUUGAAGCACCAUUUCUUUAAAAAUGCACGCACCUCUGAUUAUCUAGCUUAUACCAUUCUUCAUGGCCUUCCUCCAUUAGGUGAACGUUUUAGGGUGCUAAAGACAAAAGAAGCUGAUCUUCUUGUACAGAAUAAGAUUCUCUAUGAGGACAAGGAGCAAUUAUCAAAGCAAGAGUACAUAAGAGGAGUUAGUGCCUGGAAUUUUGACCUAGAGGACUUGAAAAGUCAGGCUGCACUUAUUCAAGAUUAUGAGGAAGUGUCAAAUGCCGAAGAGCGAGAUGAGAGCAGGAAGCAAAGGGACAGGUAUAAUGUAGUUGGGUUAUCGGCAGAGAGGAUGUCUGCAGAAACGGCCAGUAAUUCCAUUGCUGCAACUAACCAGGAGGAUGGGCUUAGCGAUCUUAAUGAUUUGGAGAGUUCACUUGCUUCAUUUCCUAUUAAACCUCUUCAAGCACUCAAAGGCUGUUUUGACAUUGGUGAAGAUGAUGAGUGUGCAAAUAGACCAAAUUGGAAAGGUGUUAUCCGAUCAGAAAGUGAACAGUUCAUUACUAUGUCAUCAAGAGCCAUGGACCAAGAUGCUGGGAGAAAUGUGGAUGAGAAUUCUGGGCAAAGUAGCUCUUUACCACGUCAGGUCAUUCCGGAGUAUAAAAAGUUCUUGAGCAGUUUACUAAUACCUGAUAAUGCCUUUUCUCUUAAAAAGGUUACAGGAAAUGGGGACAGGGACUUCCCACAGCCUAAAUUUCAAUCGGAACGCAACCAUAGUGGUCCAUUGUUGUACCGCCUGAGGAGAGAAACAAAUAACCCUUCUUCUGACGAUGCAUCAGAGGGAGCAGUUGUUCGGCGGGGACGCUUUAAGGUGACUGCAACAGAUCUCAGUCCCAAGGGACCUACAAACUGCAUUUUUAACCCAGCUACUGGAGGUUCAAUCAGUCCAACAUCUCUAAACCUUACAGCUAGUGCAGUUCUCCCAUCUCUACAAUGCAUUUUGCAGCAGAACACCUUUCAAAGGGAUGAAAUCAUUAGACUGAUCAAGUAUUUGGAGCAAACUUCUGGUAAGGUUGGGGACUUGACAGAGGUGGGCACCAUUGACCCUCUGCAGAUACCACCUUCUUCUGCAAGGGAGAGGGAACUGCAAUCUCAGGUGCUUCAGCUGCAACAGAGUAUUGGGAACCUUGUCGAGGAAUUGCAGAGACAGAAAAUGAAAAACUUGCAGUUAGAGAAACAAUUAAAUGCUUUGGCCUACAACAAAGAGUGAAGGUGAGACAAUUAAGCAUGGUGGUGAUGUUGAUAUAUAUAUAUAUAUAAUAUAUAUAUAUAUAUAUAAACUGCCUCAUUAUUCCUUUGUCAGUGCUAGGGUUCAUAAAAAUGGUUUUGAGUUAUUAUAGGAGUGCUUUUUAUUGAAUUUCUAGUGUACCAUAUCUAUGGCUGUGUGUUAAAAGCCGGACGCCCAAAUUUUGAGAUGCCAUUCCUUAAGUCUCGUGUAAGUUGUAAUUUAUUGACAGGAUAUUGUAAUAUAAUCACUAUCUCCCUCUC